CCGCCGCCGCCGCCGCCGCCGCCGCCGCGCACGCCAUGGGAGCCGUGACUGACGACGAAGUCAUACGGAAGCGUCUCCUAAUCGAUGGAGAUGGUGCUGGAGAUGAUCGGAGAAUUAAUCUGCUGGUGAAAAGUUUCAUUAAAUGGUGCAACUCAGGAUCUCAGGAAGAGGGAUACAGCCAGUACCAACGUAUGCUGAGCACGCUGUCCCAAUGUGAAUUUUCAAUGGGCAAAACUUUGCUAGUAUAUGAUAUGAAUCUCAGAGAAAUGGAAAAUUAUGAAAAAAUUUACAAAGAGAUAGAAUGUAGCAUUGCUGGAGCCCAUGAAAAAAUUGCUGAGUGCAAAAAGCAAAUUCUUCAAGCAAAACGAAUACGAAAAAAUCGGCAAGAAUAUGAUGCACUGGCAAAAGUGAUCCAGCAUCAUCCAGACAGGCAUGAGACAUUAAAAGAACUAGAGGCUCUGGGAAAAGAAUUAGAACAUCUUUCACAUAUUAAAGAAAGUGUUGAAGAUAAGCUGGAAUUGAGAAGGAAACAGUUUCAUGUUCUUCUUAGUACCAUCCAUGAACUUCAGCAAACACUGGAAAAUGAUGAAAAGCUGUCAGAGGUAGAAGAAGCUCAAGAAGCAAGCAUGGAAACUGAUCCUAAACCACAGACCAAGUAAUCACUCUCCAUCCCCAAGAAUGUUGAAGUAGCAAUGUGAUCUCAGUGUGUUCAGAAUUUGUUGUGCUCUCGAGAUAUGUAAAGUUUUGGCAGUGAACUAUUUUGCUUUUAAAUGUUAAUGCAGAGUUCAUUCAUAUUUCUUCACACAAAGGAAGAUGACUUCAUUAUAUAUUUGCUUUUACUGAAAUGUCUUUUUUGUAUUUAAAAGGUGGGAAGCAACAUCCAAAAUAAAUGUUGAAUAAAAUGUUUU